UGCUGCGUUCGGGGAGCCGUGCCUUGUUUCUCUGCCUCCUUCUUCGGCGUUAUGAUGGACGUGGGGUUGUGCUGGGUUUUCCCUCCGUGUGCGCUCUUGUGGGAGGAGUGUGCGUCUGGUCUGCCUCCCGCCCCGCCGCCUCCUUAUGCGCGACGGGGGACGCUUGUAUGUCUAGUUCUGCCCGCAUUUCUUUCCCUCCUCUCAAAACUAGGGCAUUUCCUUGUGUGCCUCUCUCCUCGUAAUAACCCGAAGCCCGCGACGUCAGUGGCUUAGGUGGCGAGGCGCGGGAGAGAGAAAGGGAGAGCGCUGCGGCAGCCGCGGCUGGCUACUGAGCGAUGUGAGGCGGGGACGCUCCCCCUUCGCCUGCCUGCCCGCCCGCCCGCCUGCCUCUCGCUGGCUGGCUUCCCUCCUUCCUAAGCCUUUCCCCCAGUCCCUGCCUCUGCUGGAGCCGCCUGCCUGCCUGCUCGCUCGCCCGCCCGCCCCGCCGCUCUCCUCCUCUCCCUUCCCUCUUCCCUCCCCUCCCUCCUUCCUUCCCUCCCUCCCUCCCCGCCAUGCCGGACCAGAUCUCCGUGUCGGAAUUCGUGUCCGAGACCAAUGAGGAUUACAAGUCGCCCACCGCCUCCAACUUCACCACCCGGAUGGUGCAGUGCCGGAACACCGUGGCGGCCAUCGAGGAGGCGCUGGAUGUUGAUCGAACUGUUCUUUAUAAAAUGAAGAAAUCUGUAAAAGCCAUCAAUAUUUCUGGUUUGGGUCAUGUGGAAAAUGAAGAACAGUACACUCAAGCUCUGGAGAAAUUUGGAGGAAACUGCGUGUGUAGGGAUGAUCCAGAUUUGGGAACUGCAUUUUUAAAAUUUGCUGUAUUUACAAAGGAGUUGACAGCACUCUUCAAAAAUUUGAUCCAGAACAUGAACAAUAUAAUCACUUUUCCACUGGACAGUUUGCUGAAGGGGGAUCUAAAAGGAGUGAAAGGGGACUUGAAGAAACCCUUUGAUAAAGCUUGGAAGGACUAUGAAACAAAAGUGACAAAAAUAGAAAAAGAGAAAAAAGAACAUGCUAAAUUACACGGAAUGAUCCGUACAGAAAUAAGCGGAGCUGAAAUAGCAGAAGAGAUGGAGAAAGAGAGAAGGUUCUUCCAGUUACAAAUGUGUGAGUACCUGUUGAAAGUCAAUGAAAUCAAGAUUAAAAAGGGGGUUGACUUGCUUCAAAACCUGAUCAAGUAUUUCCACGCACAGUGCAACUUCUUUCAGGAUGGCCUGAAAGCAGUUGAAAGCCUCAAACCUUCAAUAGAGAAGCUCUCUACAGACCUUCACACAAUUAAACAAGUACAGGAUGAAGAAAGAAAACAAUUAAUUCAGCUUAGGGAUAUUUUAAAAUCUGCACUUCAGGUUGAUCAAAAAGAGGACUCUCAGCUCCGUCAGAGUACAACUUACAGUUUACACCAACCUCAGGGAAAUAAGGAACAUGGCACUGAAAGAGAUGGCAGCCUCUAUAAGAAAAGUGAUGGAAUCAGAAAAGUGUGGCAAAAGAGGAAGUGCACGGUUAAAAAUGGUUUCCUGACAAUUUCCCAUGGUACAGCAAAUCGACCUCCUGCAAAGCUCAAUCUGUUAACUUGCCAAGUGAAAACAAACCCAGAAGAGAAAAAAUGUUUUGACCUCAUAUCACAUGACCGAACAUAUCAUUUCCAAGCAGAGGAUGAGCAGGACUGUCAAAUCUGGAUAUCUGUGCUACAGAAUAGUAAAGAAGAAGCUUUAAAUAAUGCAUUUAAGGGUGAUGACAAUACAGGAGAAAAUAACAUUGUCCAAGAACUGACAAAAGAAAUAAUCUCUGAUGUGCAGAGGAUGCCUGGAAAUGAUGUGUGCUGUGACUGUGGAGCACAAGAUCCUACAUGGCUCUCAACAAAUCUUGGCAUUUUAACUUGUAUUGAGUGUUCAGGAAUCCAUCGAGAACUUGGUGUCCACUAUUCCAGAAUGCAAUCACUCACCUUAGAUGUGCUGGGAACAUCUGAAUUGCUGCUUGCCAAGAAUAUUGGGAAUGCAGGGUUUAAUGAGAUUAUGGAAUUUUGCCUGCCUGGAGAUGAAAUAGUGAAGCCCAAUCCAAGCAGUGACAUGAAUGCAAGAAAAGAUUAUAUUAAUGCCAAAUAUAUUGAAAAAAAAUAUGCAAGGAAAAAAUAUUCGGACAGUAUGGCUAAACUACAAAGCCUCUGUGAAGCAGUCAGAACAAGAGACAUGUUUGGACUGGUUCAAGUGUAUGCUGAGGGUGUGGAUUUAACAGAGAAAAUUCCACUAGCAAAUGGGCAUGAACAAGAUGAAACUGCCCUUCAUCUUGCAGUGAGAUCAGUUGAUCGGACCUCGCUUCACAUAGUUGACUUCUUGGUGCAGAAUAGUGGCAACCUUGACAAGCAGACGUGUAAAGGUAGCACAGCUCUGCAUUAUUGCUGUUUGACAGAUAACGUUGAGUGCCUCAAACUGCUACUAAGAGGAAAAGCUUCCAUUGAAAUAGCCAAUGAAGCUGGAGAGACUCCACUUGAUAUAGCUAAAAGGUUAAAACAUACACGCUGUGAAGAGCUGCUCGCUCAGGCCCUGGCUGGAAGACUUAAUUCUCAUGUUCAUGUAGAGUAUGAAUGGCGAUUGCUUCAUGAAGACCUGGAUGAAAGUGAUGAUGAUGUGGAUGAAAAAUUGCAGCAACCAAGUCCAAAUCGAAGAGAGGACAGGCCAGUCAGUUUCUAUCAGCUAGGAUCAAGCCAACUUCAGCCUAACGUGGCAUCUUUGGCAAGAGAUGCUGCCAACAUAGCCAAGGACAAGCAACGGGGCUUCAUGCCAAGCCUGUUACAGAACGAGACCUAUGGAGCCAUCCUCAGUAGCAGCCCACCGCCCACUCAGCCUGCAGCACCUGUUACAAGUGCACCACCAUUGCCUCCCAGGAACAUUGGAAAAGUUCAGUCUUCAUUUCUUGGCAGUGCUGUUCAGACAACUCCUUCAUCGAACACACUGUGGAAGACAAAUUCAUUAGGAAUGGAAAGCAUAAGCAGGCAGAGGUCUUCAUCAGAUCCACCAACUGUCCAUCCCCCUGUUCCACCAUUGCGUGUAACAUCUACAAACAUACUCUCUCCAGCACCGCCUCCAGUUGCAAAGACGACCAGUGUACUUGAAGCUUUGAACCAGCAGUCAAAACAGCCAGCUGUUCCACAGCCCAAACCUACGCCGCCGCCACUGCCUCCCCAACCUCCAAGUAGAGUUUCUCAGAAAAAGCCUGCUGCUGGGACUGACAAGUCAUCCAGUUUAACUAACAAGGGGCAGACGAAAGGUCCUGGAUCUCUGCAGCAGUCUGGUGCAGGAGAGUCUUCAUCUGUGACUGAGGUUCCUGGAUCACAAAUUUCCCCUUCUACAAACAUGUCAGGACCAAUCCAGCCUCCAGCACCAAUGCCAAGAAAGUCACAAAAAUCAAAAGCAAAACCCAAGAGAGUAAAAGCAAUCUACAACUGUGUCGCAGAUAAUCCCGAUGAGUUGACGUUUUCAGAGGGAGAUGUCAUAGUUGUUGAUGGUGAGGAAGAUCAAGAGUGGUGGGAAUUACACAGGACAAAAGGACACCCGAUUCCAGCAUAUUCUCAGAAAAAAAUGACUACUUAUAAGAUAAAGCAUCUUUCAGGUCAGUCUCUUGAGCACCAUGCUGGAGUUACAAAGGGAGUCCCCACUAUGGCUGGGAAAAUACACUAUGUUUGCCACAAUUCCAUAAUAAACUAGAAACAGGUGUUCUUCAUUGUGGUGGCCUCCACUGAGCCUAAGUGCAGCUCCCCAACUUUUUUGGGGUGGGGGUGGGUUUGUGUGAAGCUUCAGCCAAUGCGGAAUACUUGAAUAGUACGUGGAGCUUACUGUUUUGACUGUGCAGUGCUAUGCCUUGCCCAGUGCCAGGAGACUCCUGUAAGGGAAACAGAGUCCUCUUGAGUCCCUGCACCAACUUGGAAGGUGUGCAGAGAGUCCUGGGAAGUGUAGUCCUUGCCACCUAGAGCUCUUAAGAGAGCACUCUGUUUCUCUUAAAGGGCCCUCCCAAGACUGAGAAAGGUGCAGUACUGUGUGGAGGUCAGCACACUGGGAAAUGGCUGUUAUUUACACUAAAGGUUUAUUUGUCGAAAUGGCCCCCAUUUGAAAAAAACAUUUAUUGUAUUAAAAGUGUGACUAAAAAGGCCAUUUCACUGAAGACAUCACAAGAUAUUGAUACUUACUUUAUACCAUGAAUCUACUUUCCUCAUAUUUUAUAGGCAUGAGGUCCUCCUUUUUCUAUAUUAAAUAUACAUGUAAGUUAUAUAUUUUCAUUCUUAAGCCAUGUUUGAGGUUAACUACAGCCUGUAAAUCAAGAACCCAUGGCAAUAUUAUUGAUUAAAUCAACUUAAAUUUCAUGAAAUGUAAUUAAAAUCUUACAGUCCCUUUCUUUUAAACACACACACAGUGGUGUCUAGACGUUUUUGUUUUAUAAAAAGCACAUAGUGAUGUGUUCACACAUAGACUAUUGUGGGACAACAUAGUAGGGUAUUGAUCCAAAUGCUCACUGUAUUGAAGUAUACACCACUGUUUCUGCAAACAUUUCAGUAUCUGUUUGCAGACAUGCACUGUGUACUCAAGUAUCUCCAGAACAUGGUAGUUACACUGUUAAUAAUUGUGAAUAGAUUUCAUAAUUCUAAAUUGAAAAUGGGAUAUUACAAAACAUAGCAAUGUUCUUUUAAUGUUUGUAUAUUGUGAUACUGUAACAGUUUUUAUUUUGCAUAUGCUACCAAAAACCUGCACUGGUAGCAUAGGAUUAGAAUAUCAAUGUCCGGGUCACAUUGGCUUUGAUCACAAAUUUUGUGACUAUUGUAUCUCUAGAUUUAUCAAGAGAACUUUGAAUUUCUGACACAGAAAUUAUGUAUAUAUUGGCUAGCAUAGGUUGUAACAGAUGGGGGAAAGGACCAAUUGGUAUAUUUAUAUUGAAAAAAAUUAUGCUGGAUUUCACCCUUUCUACUGCCUUGCUAAAAUAGUAGAUUCAAGGCAACUUGUCAAACGUGUGGGUGCAAUCAAUUGGCUUACGUGAAAAAUCAGUUUAAUACAAGCUGUUGCAGUGUAAAUGGGGGAUAAACUGGAAUGUUUCAGGAUACUUUUGUUGUGAGAUUUAAAGCUAAGUCUGCAUAUUCAAAGUUCCCAGUAAAUAUAUAUGUAUAUUAGAAGCAUAGUUUGCCACUACAAGGUUAUUCAGACACUGAUGGAUUCAGUUUGGGUUUUAACUCUAUUUUAUAUGUUUCUAUUCCUGGUUAACUCUAGAAAAUGGACACAUUAUUUUGCACAGUUCACUUAUGUACAGUAUUUUUAACACAGUUUUAACAACUAAUAGUGUGCAAAGCCAUCUUUGAAAGCAUGCCUGUCCAUUAAAUUUCACCUGGACCUGGAUCCAAAGAACUGCGUAAGUAGGUGCAUGUGCUCAAAGGGAGAUUUGGACUUGUGUUGUUAAAACAGUCCCCCUGCUACAUCCUAAACUUAUUUUAAAACUGAGGGGACUUCCAAAAGCAGAGUUCAACAUGGCAUGCAAGCCUGCUGUGCACAGGAAAAGCGGCCUUGGGCACACCUCAAAGUAGCUGCUUGGAUCCUUAUUUUAACAUGGAAGCUUUCAGUUGUCCUGGAAGAAAAAUCUAACCAUGCUUACUAAAGAACUUGAAUAAUAGUAUUUUGUCUCACUAUGCUGUGCUGGCAGUAGGCUUGUAAUCAAGAUAAAGGUUUUAAAAAUUCAUUGCCUUGAUACUGUUUGCUCUUCUUAUGCAGAGCGUUAGAUAUUCAGGAUAACUUUUUUAAACAGAGGAUGAUCUUGUCAUCUUUCACAGUUGACACCAGAGGAUGAUGAUAUUCAACAAUCUGUUAGUGGGCACAUUAAGAGUACUGUGUUAACUACUUUAAAAGGAGCAGAAGACAUUUAAAAUGCAACUCAAAAUGCUACUUAAGAUGUAUAAUUUUCAAUGUGAUGGUUUUUUAUUGUUUAGUUGCAGAGCAACUGUAUACAUUGUAUAACCUAAAUCCAUUCUUAUUUUUAGUGUCUGAAUGCAGUGAUUUAUAAUUGGAGCAUGAUUAAUUUUACUUUUGUUAUUCCAGCCACUUGACUGGAGGAAUAAACUGCUUUUGAACCUC